CACACGGGGGAGGUCAGGCAGAGUAAUGACUGGAGAUGGACGCUCCAGGCAGACUGCGAGGCCAGAGCCCCCUGUCUCGCUGUCCACGCUGUGGUAAACAUAGACCAGCCUAUUCCACCGUACGAAUCUCCACGGCGGAGAUGGAGUCUUUCUACCACUUCCUGGGGGUGUGUCAGAAGACGGAGUCAAAUGAGAUCAUGCAGCAGGAGAUCAGGCCCCUGCUGGCUGUGGACAUCAUAGAGCAGCUCCAUCGCCAGUUUGCCUUGCUCUCAGGAGGGCGAGGGAAAGAAGGCGCCCCCAUCAUCAUCUUCCCAGAGUUCUCAGGCUUCAGUGAAGUGCCUGAGGAAGACUUCCUCAAUGUUGUUACUUACUUGACCAGCAUACCCAGCUUGGAUGCUGCCAGUAUCGGCUUCAUCAUCAUCAUCGACCGGCGGAAGGACAAAUGGAGCUCAGUGAAGGCCUCUCUCUCCCGGAUUGCUGGGGCGUUUCCAGGAAACCUGCAGCUGGUGUUGGUGAUGCGGCCGUCAAGGUUCUUCCAGAGGGCUAUGGCAGACAUUGGCAUCAGGCUGCACAAAGAUGACUUUAAAAUGAAGGUACCGAUUGUGAUGCUCAACUCCCUGUCGGACCUGCACGGCUACGUGGAUAAAGGCCAGCUGACCCGGGAGCUGGGUGGGAACCUGGAGUACUGUCACAGCCAGUGGAUACACCACCGAACUGCCAUAGAGAACUUUGCCAUGACAGUAAAAACCACAGCCCAGAUGUUACAGAAGUUCGGGACAGACCUGGCUGAAACGGAGCUGCCCAAUGAUGUCCAGUGCACCAAAGACCUGCUCACAGCACACACCGACAAACACAGCAACCUCAAGGAUGAACUAAAGCUAGCUCUGAAGCAGGGUACCACCUUGUUUGGUUGUAUCAAGGAGCAGGCCGCAAAGUCGGAGAGCCACAGACUUAACCCGGACGAGAUCGAGAACCAAACCACGGUAGAGAGGCUCCUAGCCCAGCUGGAUGAGACGGAGAACGCCUUUGAACAGUUCUGGUGUAAACACCAUCUGAAACUGGAGCAGUGCCUGCAGCUACGCCACUUUGAACAGGACUUCAGAGAGGUCAAAGUGUCGUUGGACAGUUUGAUGGACAUUCUCACCAGCCUAUCAGAUAUCGGGGAUUGUGUGGCCAGAGUUGAACACCUGAUAAACGGACUGAAAACACUGGAGGAGAAGGCUCUGCCCACACUAGAAAAGGCCCAGCUCCACGCACUGCACGGUGACCAGCUGAUCCAGAGCGACCACUACGCUGUGGACUCCAUCCGACCCAAAUGUGUGGAGCUCCGGCGGCUCUGUGACGACUUCAGCAACGAGUCCAAGAAAAAGACAGAUGUCUUGUCCAAAUCCCUGCAGAUUCACAUGGGCAUUGACAAGGUAAACCAGUGGUGUGAGUCUGGCAUCUACCUGCUGGCCUCCCAGGCUGUGGAUAAGUGUCAGUCACAGGAAGGGGCGGAGUCUGCACUGACUGACAUCGAACACUUCCUGGAGUCUGCAGAAAAGAACCAGCUGACUGAACUGAGGAACCUCCACAACCAGUAUGAGGUUGUCCUGUCUGAGGAUAUCAGGGCCAAUGUCCUGAAGGCACUUAAGCGCCUGGAGGACGUCCAGGAGAUGUUUCAGAAGCGGCACGUCAGUCUGAAGAGGCUGUCAGCUAAACAGACGAGGCCCGUCCAGCCAGUUGCCCCCCGGCCCGAGUCCUCUCCGAAACGGCCCGCACUAAAGACCCCCCCCAGAACUCCAGGGAGCCAGCAGCCUCUGGCCCGCAGAGUGUCAGAUAACUCCAACAGCAGCAGGCAGCCAGUCGAAGGGGAUCCCAGCAAGAAGAGGAUCAUACGCAAGGCCAAAGGAGGCAUCAAGAUUGAGGUGAUGCAUGAGGAAAGCCAAGGAGGCUCCACCCAUGUCAUUGUGACCAAUGAGACAGAGGAGAGUCUGUCCAACAGACGCAGACACAUCAUGACUGAGCUGAUUGAAACCGAGAGGUUGUAUGUGGAGGAACUCCAAAGUAUCAUGGAGGGUUAUUUUGCAGAGCUGGAUAAUUCAGAGCUCAGCCACCUCAUCCCUCCGUCGCUGGAUAACAAAAGGGAUGUGCUGUUCGGCAACCUGCCAGAGAUAUAUGAGUUCCAUAACAGGACAUUUCUCAGGGAGCUGGAAAACUGUGCCGAGAAACCAGAGCUGGUGGGAACCUGCUUUCUGAAAAGGAAAGAAGAGCUGCAGGUGUACGAGAAGUACUGUCAGAACAAACCCCGCUCUGAAGUCCUCUGGAGACAGUGUGGAGACAGCCUGUUCUUUCAGGAAUGCCAGAAGAAACUGGACCACAAACUGUCCCUGGAUGCCUACCUGCUGAAGCCGGUCCAGAGGAUCACCAAAUACCAACUCAUAGUCAAGGAAAUGUUGAAGUGCAGUAAGGGAGAGGGGACGGCUGAGUUGGAGGAGGCUUUAUCCACCAUGCUGGACAUCAUCAAGUCUGUCAACGACUCCAUGCACCAGAUAGCCAUCACUGGCUUUGAGGGGAACCUGAGUGAACUGGGAAAACUGCUGAUGCAGGGAUCCUUUAAUGUGUGGACUGACCACAAGAAAGGCCACAGCAAGGUGAAGGACUUGGCCAGGUUCAAGCCCAUGCAGAGGCACCUGUUCCUGUACGACAAGAUGAUGCUGUUCUGUAAGAAACGAGAGGAGGCCACAGAUGGACACGACAAGACCCCGUCCUACAGCUUCAAACAUUCACUCAAGAUGAGCUCUGUGGGGAUCACGGAGAACGUCAAAGGCGACAUCAAGAAGUUUGAGGUGUGGUACAAUGGCAGAGAGGAGGUUUAUAUCAUCCAGGCUCCUUCCAUGGAUGUGAAAAAUCUGUGGGUGUCAGAGAUUCGUAAAGUUCUUACGGGCCAGCUAGAGGCGUGCAGAGAAGCCAGCCAGCUCAACAUCUACGGGGCCCCCAUGAGGAAUGUGCGUAAGAUGGCGCUGAGACAGUCCGAUUCAUCAAGUCCAGAGUCGGGCUUCAGGAGAGCCAACCCCAGCCCCAAUAUGAGGCAGAACAGAGUCGAUGCUUCAGCCUCGGCUGCUAACGCUAGGAAACGCUUCACCUUGCAGGGGCUUUCCAACAGGAGGUCUCUUCAAGCAGAGCCUGCUGCUAAGGAGGCAGUGGUCACCCGCCGCUUCUCUCUCGCCUCCUCUCUCACCUCCUCUCUCACCUCCUCUUCCUCCUCCUUCGCCACACGAUGCACAAAAGGUCCCCUGUCUGCUAGCAUAAAGAGCAAGAGACACGAGAUAAAGAGUGAUCCCACUCCUCUUGGUUAUGAAGAUACUUUGCGUGGUGCUAUGACAGCAGUCAGGAAACGUCAGAGCAUGACUAGCAGCACCGCUGCUGCUGCUGCUGGCGGCCCCCCCGCUGUCUCUAGAUCCACCUCCCAACCAGGCUGGGCCCAGAGAAGGCUCCCUUCCAUGGACACAGACGACUUUGAGACGAUCCUCUCCAGUGCAGAGGAGUCCUCCAACUCUUCAGAAGAGGAAGGCAACAAUAAAAAUGGUGACAGCGGUCGGUUCCGGGUACAGUUGACCUACGAGUCUCGUGAUGGCCGAGACCUCUCUCUGGAGGCCGGCGACCAUGUCCAGUUUGUGGAGGAAGCGGAGAGCGGACACUGGCUAGUGAAGAACCUUUUAACAGAGGAGACAGGGCUGGUCCCGUCCAGUAUACUGCAGACAGCAUCUGAAGGAGAUAUCUUCAGUGAUCUCUGUACGGCAGCACUCUCGGACUCGGACGACAACGAAGCCAGUACGUGGGGAGAUGUGUCUCAGGACAGCAGAUAAACAUGGCUGACUAUUGUAGUUCAUGUUGGACUACAAGCAAUUUUUGUUGGAUCACAAAAUAGUUUUUCAACACAUUUUCUGAACUAGACUUUUAAUAUCAACGACUCUUAGCUUUCUACUUGUAAGUCUUCUUUAGAACUACAAACAUGUCCUGCUAUUGUAUUUCAACUGUCCUUUUUUCAGAAACUUCUCAGUGAAGCUUCUGGAAACAGCUGGUACCUUCAGGCUGAUGGCCAAAGUGGGAAAAGCUAUCGAAGACUUUUGAUUCCAGGGAGUCCCAACUUUCAUUGGUCCAUGGAGAACUGAAGACUGCACGGAUGUGGACACUGAACUUCACAUCCAGUCAGAUGAAUUUAGAAUAUUUACUUCUGAAAAUGCAAUUUCAGGCUGAAUAGCGGAAAAAUCGAAUUCCUUUUCUGACUUGCAGAACUUUGAGGAAAAGGAUAAAUUCCACGUGCUGGUUGUGAGCAAUAUAUUUUUACAUAUGGUUUAAUCUAUUUGGAAAUAACUUGAAUCAUGUCCUCACAGGUGUUAUACAGAUAAAAUGUUUUGUUUUGGACAGAAUCUUUUUAAUAUGGUUUAGCAAUGCUCUCCUGUUGGGCAUCAAUGAACAAGUUGUGUCACUUUUGGAGGAGUAGGUGAACAGAACAGCCUUUGGGAGGGAUGUACUAUAUUUACUUUAUAUGACCAUUCAUAUAAAGCAAACAUAACAACAAUAAAGGUCAUAUCGGAAUAUCAUUUCAAUUUAGUUUUCUGUAUAUGGCCCAAUAUCACAAAUUAUGAAUUUGCCUCAGUGAGCUUUACAAUCUGUACACAUACGACAUCCCUGUACCUGGACCUCACAUCGAAUCAGGAAAAACUGCCAAGAAAUAGAAAAAAAACAUUCACGAAAAAGGGAGAAACAGGGAAGAAACCUUCAGGAGAGCAACAGAGGAGGAUCCCUCUCCCGGAUGGACAGAAGCAUUACAGAGUUAUAUAAACACUUUCAAUGAAUAUGACAGAAUAUAUGAAUAGUUUGUAGAAGGCAUGGACCACGAUCCAGACCUCCAUGAUCCAUGAGAAAUAAGGAGGUAGAGUCACACUGUAUUUUGUCACUUGGGGGAUACAACUUUCUGCAUCUGCAGUAGGCGAGGGUUUGCUUGGGUGUGAAAUGAAUGUUGUCAUCAGAGGGUGUACAAACUGCGGACUUGUCUGGGCUUGUCCAUGUGGCUACUCCGCUUAAAGUGCUAGGUAGUGAUCUACUGCCCCCUCAAAGCAGACACCAGGAUUGCUCCCCAUCCGUGGUGUCCGCAGCUGUCGGUGUACAAGUCUGGAGUAUAAACAAAGCUCAACUCUCCUUCUAGCUUUUGGCCUUCAGAGAAAUAUAUGUGUAUAUUUUGUGUCCAGACCAGCUUGUGUCUGUCUGCCUUCUGCUGCAGAGCAAGAUACUCUGUGCAGCUUGUAUAGGGUCGCUUGUUAAUCCAAACCAGCUUCCUGCUGUGUCCACAAACAAGGCUGAAAACUCACAAAAAUAGAGUGCAGGACAUGAUCAAUAAUUCAUAGAGCUGAGCGUAACUCCAGAGUUGAGUUGAUUUGUCAUCAAAAGCCACCUCUUUUGUAUCACACAGUUGUUUGACUCAUUGUUCAUUUACAAUGUAUUGAUUGGUGAAAGAAAGAAAACAGAAUUUACUAAGUCAGAGGUGCAACAAUUAAGAACAUUGUUAAAAAGAAAAAGAAGAACAAGUUAUUUUCAAGCAGAGCAUUUUGUUGAGGAAUCAAUCAUAAUGUGUUUAUUCAUUGUAAAUGCACAGAUAGAAGAAGCCACUUGGCUUUGGAUGGAUUUUUUUUGUUAGCAAGCAGCACCUGGACUGUUUCCUAACAUCAGCUGCAUAGGUUUCACCUUCACAGAGAGUAUAUUAGCACUUCACACAGAGGGCUCAUUUAAGGAGUAAUUGUAAAUAAAAGUCAGUGUUAGUAUAUUGUUUCAUUGGGGGGGUAGAGAUCCAUUUUCUGAAUGACUGCUGUAUUGCUGGGACACGGCUUAUCAACAUUAUGUCAUUUCUACUGACGGAUUGAAUUCUGUGGACUGUUGACUGAUAAAUCUGCAGAGAGAUGGUAGGUCACUUCACAAGAACAUUGAUUAAAAUUUACUUUGUAACUUGUUAGAAAAAUGUAAAAAGUUUAUCACAAGGCUGAAUGUAUUAACCUGUAUACAUAAAUACAUGAUAACUGAAUACAUGUCAAAGUGCAAUUCUGAGUUACUCUGUGAGAAUACUACAGUCAGUCACUGGGAUCAGUGUUUAAAACCAGUCAGAGGUGGUUUUGAUAAGCAAUUAGAAAGUGAAUGGAUGAUGCAUAGACAGAUACAUAUAUGGAUGGAUGAUGUAAUGAUGGAUAGGUGCAAUAGAUGGAUGGAUGAAUGGAUGAGUAUAUGGAUGGUUGGACAGACAGACAGAUGGACAGAUAGAUAUUUUGACUGUAACUUGGUUAUUAACUGGAACAGAACUCUAUUAAAAGUCAUAUACAUUUAUAUUAGUCUCAUUGUAAAGAAAUACACUCCUCUUGAACAUGUACAUUUUGUUUGUCCUCUGCUCAAUGAAAGAUAUUGUAUCUUUGUAAAUAAAUAUUUCUAUUGUACUGCAUCCUGCUGUAAGCCUAUUAUAGAAUGUAUGAAGUCUGUAUAUUGUACAAUAUGUCAUUGCAAUGUCCAUAUUGAUUAAUUAUGAUCAGGAAUUUAUGAUAUUCAUUUUAUCACCUUGUUCUUUUCUUUUUUUGUAUUUGAGACAUAGUCCAUUAUUCCAAACUUAAUAAUGCAUGUAAGACUGAGAUUUGAAACAGAGAGGUGCUUGAUUUAAAAUAAAGAUCCCAUUUAUUAUA